AUGGCUGGGCUGUUGGAUGUAUCACGUUAUGGCUGGAAUGUCUACAUUUGCCGGCUGUUGCUCCCGGUGAUGUUUGCCUGCUGUUGCUUUCAACAAGGUAGCUGCGAUCUUGCAGCCCUACCUAUUCAUCGGAAACAUACAUCACAGAGCACCGUAUGGUCGCCUCAUGAAUCUUAUCAGGCCAUCGAUGGACAGACGUAUACCUUCUCGCGCACAGAUGAUUAUGAUCCGCAUCCUUGGUGGCUGCUUGACCUAGGUAGCAAUCACAACUUGAGUAGAAUCAACGUCACUCUCCGAAAGUAUGGCGGGGGUUAUCGUUUCACCGGGACGAUAGUGCGAGCUGGACUGAGCCCCAACUUCACCGAGAACCUGCCGUGCGGCUCACCGGCUACCAGCGAACAGUCUCAGGAUGGAGCCGAGAUCCCGUUCCUGUGCGAGCCAUCGCGGACGGCUAGGUAUAUCAGCUUGGACAUCGAUACCUCCAUGCCCGGUGUGGAUCCGAGAGAGGCAUAUUUGCAACUUGCCGAGGUGACGGUGGAAAACGUCACGUCUGGAGAGUGUGCUGCCCUCCCUGUUUAUGGGAAAAAUACAUCACAGAGCUCAACAUGGGACGCUCACCCUUCUUAUAAGGCUAUAGAUGGACGGAAAUAUACCUACACGCACACUGAUCGCAAUGUGAUCCCCGUCCUCAUACCCAUCCUGAUCUCCGUCCCCAUUCCUUCACUGAUCAUUCCCUCACCUGAUCAAGCAAAUCUUCUCCUCUUCCGAAUGCCCAUACUUAAUACCCAUCCCAGGCUGAUCCUCUUCCCCAUCCCCAUACUGAUCCCCGUCCCUAUCCCAAAACUUAUCCCCGUCCAUGCUAAUGAUCCGCAUCCCUGGUGGCUGCUGAAACUAGGUAGCAAGCACUGCUUGGGUAGAAUCAACGUCACCCUCCGAAUGAAUGGAUGGGGUUUUCGUUUCAUCGGGGCGAUAGCCCGAGCUGGACUGAGCCCCAACUUCAACGAGAACCUGCCGUGCGGCUCACCGGCUACCAGCGAACAGUCUCAGAAUGGAGCCGAGAUCCCGUUCCUGUGUGAGCCACCGCGGCUUGCUAGGUAUGUCAGCUUGGACAUCAAUACUUCCAUGCCCGGUGUGGAUGCAGCACGUGCAUUUCUGCAACUUGCCGAGGUGGCGGUGGAAGAGUACACGUCUGGAGAGUGUGCUGCUCCUGGUUAUUUGGGAUGUUUUGGGGACGCUGAAUAUCGUUCCCUAUCGGUCGGCCCAGCAGCCACAGAAUAUGAACAGUCGGUAGAGUGGUGCUUCAGAAACUGUUUGGAACCUACGGAGUAUAAAUAUGCGGGAAUGGAAUACAAAUACGAAUGCUGGUGUGGGAAUGACAACUACGAUAAACACGGUAAAGAGCCGGAUUCCGAUUGCAAAUAUUUGUGCCCCGGAAACAGCAAUCAGAUCUGUGGAGGCAAAUGGCGCAUAUCCGUGUACACAGUAUCACAAGGAGUUUGUAGUAACGACAUAGGACUCCCCAGCAACGGAGACCACACCAUCACCAACCCGCGUUCACUGUCUUACAAUCUCAUCAACUUUAAGUUCUUCGGGACUCGUGUAGAUUUCUCCUGUGACCCUGGAUAUACCCUCCAUGGAGCAUCCAGCAUUGAAUGCAUUGAGGCUGGCUACAACAACGUCACGUGGAGUGACUCUGUACCAACAUGUGAAGAUCAAUUUGGAUAA